AUGACUGACACGUGUCAGAACCUCAUGAAGUUGCCGUAUCGGCCGUCCAAUCCAGAAUGGGGUCGGUUCACCCCGCACGGCGUGAACACCUUCGUCUUCAUCUCCGCCCACCGCGUCAGCCCUCUCGAUUUCGCAGUCAUAGGCCUUUCCGCCCGCGGGAUGCGCUCCCAGUGGCACUCACCCCAAUCCAACGGCCCACGUUCGUCCUCGGAGCAGGGAGGGGAGGAGGAUGUGGGCGGAGGGUGUGUGUGGGUGUCGUAUGAGGGGCCGCACACCAUCAAGGGCAGCUUGGAGUAUCUGUUUCCGGGCGACCAUGGGGGCAUGCCCUAUGAGACCAUCGUCAUUCGCUGCAAUCUAGACAAGCGCACCCCAGCCGACCCUGGUGGUGCUCUGUUCUACCACAUCUCAGGGAGGGAUAUGCUCGUGUACCGGGAGGACGACCUCAGACCCGCUCCCUCUGCUUCUACUGCCGCUGCUGCUGCUGCUGUGGGGGAGGCGGAGGAGGAGAGGGCUGCUGCUGCUAAGCGGAUUCUCAACCCGCCGCGGCCGCUGCCACACCACAUCUCCUUCUGCUCGCUGCUCAUUGACCGCGAGCACACCCCAGCGCGAGUCCUCGAGCACAUGCAGUACCUGCUGUUCUUUGGAGCUGAUGACUUUAUUUUCUAUGACGGUGGGGGGUUCUCGGAUCGCCUACGGGAUGCUGUGUCGAGGUUUACAGAAGCAGACAUGCUGCAGGUGGUGGACUUGCGAGGACUUGCUGAUUUGCCAGCCCGUCACAACGUCAUCACAAUGAACGACUGUCUCUACCGCACGCGCUUCACCUCCGAGUGGGUCAUCUCACUCGCAUUUGACGAGCUGCCUCACGUCGUCGGCCCCUUUCGCCUCUCCACGCUGCUUGCUUAUCAUGCCGGCCGUCCCUGGCUCUCCAUGGGGUCGUAUUCCUGGCACAUUGAGCUGUGCCUGCCCAUCACAG